AUGGGGAGCGAUGGGGAGCAGCAGAUGAAUCUUCGCUCGCUCAUCCGCCGCUCACCUCCUGCAGUGCGGCUGGUGGAGAGUCUAUGUCCCGUCUCAACCAGGCCCAAGAGAAAGUCUGAAGGGGAUGCUAGAGAUAAAGCCAAGGUGAAGGACAAACCACAGAGAAGAUCUGCAAGGUUAUCUGCUAAACCUGUUCCUCCAAAGCCAGAGUCCAAGCCUAAAAAGGCCCCUGCAAAGAAGAGAGAGAAGGUACCCAAAGGGAAAAAAGGGAAAGCUGAUAUUGGUAAGGAUGGGAAUAACCCUGCAGAAAAUGGAGAUGCCAAAACAGACCAGGCACAGAAAGCUGAAGGUGCUGGAGAUACCAAGUAAAGUGUGUGCAUUUUUGAUAACUGUGUACUU